AUGGACGAAUAACAAUAGAUUUAUGAGGAACUUUGUAUAUCAAUUGUUGAAUCAGAAUAGAUAACUAAAAGCAUAAUCAAAUAAAUAUUACAUUAAAGUACAUCAAUCAUUAUUAAUAAACAUAUAAACUCUAUUUUACCUCUUUUAGGAUAUAAUUGGUUUAGAGAAUAAGUUAUUGUGUUAAUGGAUAAAUAUAAUUUGAGAAAUGAUGAAUUUGAAGAAAAUGUUAUUGAAGACUCUGAACCUAUUGCUGUUAAUACAGAACAUUGGAGGAGAUGUCAAGGUUAAGUUAAAUAAGUUACAUCUAGAGAAAAUUCUAAUUCUCCUGUAUUUUAAAGAAGAGAUACUAAAAGAAUGUCUAAAUUAAUGACCAUUAAGACAUCUAGAUAAAGUGAAUGUUUUAAUUCAUAACUCAUUAAAAUGGGUGAAUUAGAAGAGGAAUAAGAAUUUGAUCCUAAUAUUGAAAGUAUUAGAUAGGCUAAACUAAGAUAAAUAUCAAUUCAACAAUAAAAACAAUAGAAUGAUAAAAUUAAAAUACUUGAAGUUCAAGAAUAAGUUAAAUAAUUGAAAAGAUUAAAUGUAGAUUCUAAAUCUAAAUAUACAUUUGAUUAUGAAGGUAAGGUUGUUGUCUAAAAACCUCCUGAUAUUGAUAAAUAUCCAAAAUCAUUCUAAAAUAUCAGUGAAAAACGAACUCUAGUAGAAAUUAGAGAUCUUAUUCCUAAUCAUAAAAUGCAAUCUGAACUUAUAUAAUUAGCUAGUAAGAACAAUCAAAAUAUUGGUUAAAAUAAUUAAUUUGUGAUUAAAACAUCAGUUCCAUAAAUUGAUUUAAUUAUUAUGAAAGAAGGUGUCACAUUCUAUGAUGGAAAACAAGAAAAAAAAAAAGAUAGAGUUUUUCCCUUAAUGGAUAUUAAAGAUCCUGUCUAACUUUAAUAAACUUUAUAAAAAUAAAAUGUAUAAAUGACUAAAAUAGAAUAUUAAUAAAUUACUAGUACUUCAUAAACUAAUAAUAAUACUUUUUAAAAUAAAACUAUGAGUCUUUCCUCUUUAUAAUAAUAAUAAAAUUAAUUUACUAAUAGAUCUUAAUAAUAGACUGAUAAUUUAUUAAAUAUGAAUGACAGUAUAAUAAGUUAGAGAAUACCUAAAAAUCUUACUACUAUGAAUCAUUCUAUCUCAUCCUCUAUUUUGUAAAGAUUGAAUGGUUCUAUUUCUAUCUUAAGUGAAUAAUAACUUGAGGAAUUGAUUGUACCUUAACCUGAAAAAAAUGAAAAAAAUAAAGAUCAAAAGGAACACCCUCUGUUUCUAAAGAAAAAAAAGACAGAAAUUGAAAUAAUUCCUUCUAAAUCUGUUCCAAGUCUUACAUUUGAAUUACCAUAAAUACCUCCUAACAUUUUAUCGAAUACUUUAAGUAAAUUACCAAAAACAUUUGAAAGUCAAGGAAGUUUUCCUAAAUUAAUUUCUAAGUUUCCAAGAUAAAGAAUAUCAAAAUAAGCUAUACAAUUAAAAAUUGAAAUAUGA